AUGCAGACCCCAAAGACAAGAAGUGGCUCCUCUGAAGUACCUCAGAAGGUGUCUCCACGUGCUGUGCGCCAACUCAAGACUGCUUCUCUAGACAAUGACUCUGUAUCUUCUGUAAGUCAAGCUACUAAAUUAUCAAAGGAAAGGAGCCCCAAAGUCAGUGACCGUAGAUCACCCAGAAGCCCAGUUCCUGAGAGGAAGCGCCCCAGCCGAAUAUCUGAAUUGGAAUCUCAAAUUUCUCAACUCCAAGAUGAUUUGAAGGUGGUGAGGGACCAGCUCAUUUUGUCUGAAUCAUGCAAGAAACAAGGUCAAAAAGAUGCUGAGGAGUCCAAGGAGCAACUAUUAGCAUUAUCUGCUAAACUUGAAGAUUCACAAAAACAAGUUAUGGAGCUGUGUGCUGCUGGGGAAGCUCGUAUUCUUGAACUCCAGAAAAUUAUAGAAGAACGUGACAUGGCAUGCCAAUCUGAACUUGAGGUCUCCAAAAAGCAACUCUCAGUUGACUCUCAUGCCUUGGCCUCUGCAAUGAAUGAAGUUCAGCUGUUCAAGACCCAACUUGAAUUGGUAGCUAAUCAUGAGUGUGUACAAACUCAACAUGCAGAAUCAACAGAUAUGGAGCUACUAACCCUGAAGCAAAAUUUGUCAGAAGCGCUCUCUCUUGUGGACAGCAUGAAAAAUAAAUUAAGGGACUGCAAAGAAUCUGAAGCUCAGGCCCAAGCAUUGGUCAAUGCAACUAUGUUGCAACUUGAGGCUGCAAAAGGAACUGUUGAGUUCCUAAGGGCUGAUGUUGCAAAAGCUGUUGAUGGCUACAAUUCCAUUGCUUUAGAGUUGGAGCAGUCUAAAGCAAAGGUGAACUCUCUAGAGGCACUUGUUAGGAAACUUGAGAAAGACCCUAUCAAUAAUAAAUGCAACCAUUCUGAAAAUCUUGCAGAUGAUCAAAGAUUUGAGCACCAAGAUGAAAUAUUGAAAGAGGGAGAGCAUCCUAAUUACAUGGAAGCAGAAAUUAUAUCUUUGAAAUCUGAGGUUGGAAGACUGAAAUCUGCUAUAGACACUGCUGAGUCUAAAUACCAAGAAGAACAGAUUAGGAGCACGGUGCAGAUCAGAAAUGCUUAUGAACUUGUGGAGCAGAUAAAAUAUGAAUCAGGUGAGAGGGAAUGUGAAUUAGAGGCUGAGUUGAACAGAAACAAAGCUGAUAUUGAAGAGUUGAAGGCUAACUUAAUGGACAAGGAAACUGAGUUACAAGGUAUUGUGGAGGAGAAUGAGAACUUGAGUUUAAAACUUGAAAAGAGUAUGUUAUCCCAAAAUGAGCAUGAACUCAGAAAGGAAAUUAAAAGAUUAGAAGAACAUGUGGCUGAGUUGAAGGCGGAUAUGAUGGACAAAGAGACAACACUGCAAAGCAUAUCUGAAGAGAAUGAAAUGCUGAAGUUGGAAAUCAACAAGAGGUUCUCAGAUGGUGGGAAAGUGAGAGAGGAAGUUGCUGCUGAAGUAGAGGGUGCGAAGGCUGCGAAACGUGAAGCUAUCAUGAAACUUGGCAUUGUGUUGGAGGAAGCAGAUAGAAGCAACAAGAAGGCUGCAAGAGUGGUUGAGCAACUAGAAGCAGCACAAGGAGCAAACUUAGAAAUGGAAGCAGAAUUGAGAAGACUCAAGGUACAAUCAGAUCAAUGGAGAAAGGCUGCAGAAGCAGCAGCUGCUAUGCUUUCAGCAGGAAACAGUGGGAAACUCACAGAGAGAACUGUGUCUUUGGACAACAACUAUAAGUGUUCACCCUAUGCUGAUGACAUGAUGGACGAUGAGUUCCAGAGAAAGAAAAAUGGUAACAUGCUGAAGAAGAUUGGAGUCUUGUGGAAAAAACCUCAAAAACAGUGAAUGUCUGAUUUAUGAUGUGUACUAAAACUGUGGUACGAUAAUUGUGUUCAUGCGAUGUUUAUGUCUUUUGCAAUUUUGUCUGACUAUGUAAAUCCUGUCUGCAUCUGAAACUGUUUGUGACAUGUACUUGCAAAAUUGUUAUUUAGUUAUUGAAUGAAUUAAGCUCUUUAAAUAAUUUCCCUUUCCCUCUUGGACAAAAGCUUUUGCAGCUUGCUUAGGUUUAAUUAUUUGUUUGGGAAGUUGUGUUUUACACUUACAGAGCUGUUUUUAUUAUAAAAGGUGACAUCUGAAUUUUGCUAGGAAAAUUCACUCAAUAUUUUUUAAAAUUAUAACUUCCCACAGUUUCUGGUUUUUUAAUCCUUAUAUAUAUAUAUAGUUUGGGAGCAACUGUUUUUAAUCCUCUUAAAAAUAAUGUUUUGAAUACUUUCAUAUUGAUUUUGAAAAUUCUAUGCGUAAACAUUUUUAUAUAAUCAAAAUGAAGUAUAUAACGUUUAAAGCACUUUGCAUAAAAUGAAGUGUCACUUUUGGGUCAGAUAAACAAAAUUCAAUCCGUAUUUGUUUUAUUAUUUUAUUUUAUUUUGUCAAUGUUUUUUUAUUAGUGAGAUAAAUAAAAUAAUGUUUUGAAUACUUUCAUAUUGAUUUUAAAAAUUCUCUCGGUAAAAUAAAUAUUUGAUAUAAUUAAAAUGAAGUAUAUAACCUUUAAAGUACUUUUCAUAAAAUGAAGUAUCAUUUUUGGGUCAGAUAAAUAAUAUACAAUCCGUUUUUUGUCAAUGUAACUUUUUUAGUGUGUACCCAAAAUUGAAAAAUACAAUUGUUUUGGUGAAUACAUCAACGGAACAAAAGC